AAAUAAAAUACAUCACGACAGGAUACUCUCAAUUGUAUUUCUCUGCUAUACCCGAAAAAAGGAAGGUCCUGGGAUGCCCGGAGGGUCUUUGCGAGUUUACUAUUAGCACCUGGCAGACUCGAUUUGGAUGCCUUGCAAACAAGGAUCAACAGGGGCGCCGUCUCGAUUCUCGACAGUCGAUCAGCCUCAGAACAGUUCUGCUGCAGGACGACAUAAUCCACCAUGAAGCUCGUAAGAUUCUUGAUGAAACUCAACAAUGAGACCGUGACUAUUGAGCUCAAGAACGGCUCUGUAGUCCAUGGCACAAUUACUGGUGUAGAUAUGCAGAUGAACACCCACCUCAAAACUGUCAAGAUGACAGCCCGUAACCGGGACCCAACAUCCCUCGACUCCUUAUCUAUCCGUGGCAACAAUAUCCGCUACUUCGUGCUUCCCGAUGCCCUUCCUCUUGAUACGCUAUUAGUAGAUGACGCACCAAAACCCAAAGGCAGGAAGAAGGAUGAUGCACGUGGAAGGGGCCGUGCACGGGGAGGAUUGGUUGACCGUGGGCGUGGUGGUCGGGGCAGGGGCAGGGGAAGGGGGAGGGGCUUCUGAUGGUUUUGCCAAAAAAAUAUCAUGCUCGUAUCGCCUUGUCAUCUGUAUAUCGUGUUUCUUUUUCUGUUAAUACUAAAAUAUUGCACCGAGCUACAAAUUCGCUCAGUUUGUAUCAGCUACUAGUUAUCGGUAACCCUGGCUUCCUGUUCG